UCUUAUCUUCACUUACCACCCAUUUAAAGAGAGAAAAAAAGAAGAAGAAUAAGGAGCAAAGAAAACCAAAAGAGAGAAACCAAACAUAAACAAAAGACAUGUACAGAUUCAGCAACACAGUGAUCGGAUUCCUAAACCUCUUCACCCUCAUAGCCUCAAUCCCCAUAAUCGGCGGCGGGCUAUGGAUGGCGAGGAGCAGCACGACGUGCGAGAGCUUCCUCCAGACGCCGCUGCUUGUGGUUGGUUUCGUCGUCCUCGUCGUCUCGCUCGCUGGCUUCAUCGGCGCGUGCUUUAACGUCGUUUGGGCGCUCUGGGUUUACCUAGUGGUCAUGUUGUUUCUCAUAGCCACGCUCAUGGGGCUCACCAUCUUUGGAUUCGUCGUCACGGGGCCCGGGGGAGGCGUCGAGGCGCCCGGGGGCCGGGUUUAUAGAGAGUACCACUUGGAGGAGUACUCGGCGUGGCUGAGGAAUAGGAUUAAGGAUCCGAGGUAUUGGCUUACCAUUAGGAGCUGCCUUUUGGGAUCCAGGACUUGUGCUAAACUUGCCUCUUGGACUCCUCUUGAUUAUCUUGAGAGGGAUAUGACCCCAAUUCAGUUGUGUGGACAGUCGGGUUGUUGCAAGCCGCCGACGGCGUGCAACUACGAGACGGCGGCGAUGGCGGCGCAGGACCCGGACUGCUACCGGUGGAACAACGCGGGGAACGUGCUGUGCUACGAGUGCGAGUCGUGCAAGGCGGGGGUGCUGGAGAGCGUGCGGAGGGACUGGCACAAGCUGUCGGUGCUGAACGUGGUGGUGGUGGUUCUCCUGAUCGGCGUCUACUCCGUCGGCUGCUGCGCCUUCCGCAACACCAAGAGGGCCGAAUCCGACUACCCCUACGGCCACAACCGCAUGACCAAAGUCCGACCCAGAUGGGACUAUUAUUGGUGGAGAUGGUUGCAUGACAAGAAAGAACAACUUUAUUAAGAGGGAGAAGAAAUAUUAUUCCAUCCUCCAUUUCCAGUUGUUUCUUCACUUUUUCAGUUUAGACAGCAUGAGAGACUGGUCUCAAACCUCUCUUUUUCUUGGCCUUUCUUAUUCUCCCCCCCCCCACUUUUUUUGUAUAGACUUCUUGCCUAGUUUUUUUUUUCUCCAUAUAAAGAUGGAUUUCCACUUUUUAUCUCAAGCAUAUUUCCUGAAAAUGAAAUGUCUUGAGAUGUACUGAAAUGAUGUUUCGAGGUGAUUGAGUAAGCUGCAAGAAAGAAAAACCACACUCUGAUGCUUAAGUCAAUAAUUUUCGAAGUUAUUUCAAGAUGAAUUAUCAAUCGUGCGAACUUCAAAAA